GAGAAGAAAGCGGCAGUUGGAGCCUUGGUGGGGAUGGAACGCUUCCGGUUCAGGGCACCUCCCCUCUCGCUCAAGCUGGCCUUCGCCGCCGUCUCCCUCUCCCUCGGCGUCUCCUUCGCCGCCGUCUCCUGCUCCUCCUCCUCCUCUCCCCUCCCCUCCUCGGCCGCCUCCUCCUCUCCGCGGCCGUCUCCCCGGACCGUAGCCGCCGACCUCCUCGCCGUCCUCGCCGGCCCGCGCGCCGCGGCGCGGGUGCCGGCUCGGGAGGCCUCGCGCCUGAGCUCCUGCCUCCGGUUCCUCUCCCCGGCCAACCCCGCCUCCGUGCCUAGCGCGUAUCCCUGGAGGGGCUCCCGGAAGGUUCUGCUGGAAGGCUGCGAUGCGGCCGAGGCGGAUGCGAUGGUGAUGUGGCCGCCGGCGCCGGUCUUGGAGCUGGCGCGCCUCGCCGUCGACUCCGGAGGCGACCCCGGGGCCAUCCACCGCUUGCUCGACCCCACCAUGCUGCCGGUGCCUGAUAUUGAGGGGACGAAGAAGAGUAAAUGCCACCUCACAAGAACACCGUAUGGAAGACACUUUGCUGAUGAGGAAAUCAAUUCAUACUUUGCGUUUCUGUUUGAAUUGAUUGCUGCGCGAGGACCAUUGGUUGGAUUAAAUGUAUCACUGAAUCGGUAUGAUUUAUUCCAUGGGCAUCUUUUCCUGGCAUCUGGGACAGGAAGGCUUGGGAUUCUGUUUCAUGCCAAAGAAUAUCCAGCAUUUGAUAAAGAAUCGUUCCCUUACAAUUUGGGAUAUUGCCAGACUGAAUCUGAUGUACCGUAUGACGACUCUAUGAAUCUACGUAAUAUCCUUUGGUUAGCUCCAUUGCCAUCCAGUGAGACGAAAGCUUGGUUGGCACCAGGAGUGUUAGUCGUCUUGGAUGCACAUCCAGAUGGAAUUAUUUAUCAAGACAUGAUACGCGACUAUGUUCAGAUUGUACGGACAAUAUAUGAAGAUGAUUUUGGAAAGCAUGCUGUUGAUGUCAACUAUCUCAAUGUUGCCAACGCAGCGGCUCCAGCGGAUAGAAUUUUCAUUUGCUGACAUCUAUCAAUAGGACUAUUAAAUUUCUCCACCGUGUGAUCUCCUCUCUGGGAAGCAAACACCAAACAUACCGAUUUUUUACGUGAUUGAUGUGUUCAAGAUCCAAGAAAGCAGCAGUGGUUUGCUAGCAAGUAGUCCUAUAUAGUUCAGGUGUUUAUUUACGAGAUGAUUUCAGAUAUUUAUUUGAUUGAAUGUACAGAUGUACUCGAGGAAGCAGUUUACCUCUCGCACGCAUGUCAUCUUUGAUAAAGAACGACAGAAAAUAUUUUGGUUAUAGCAUUCA